UUAACUUUUUUCUUUCGUUUGAAGUGAGCAGCAUGGAGAUUGUCUAUGUUUAUUUGAAGAAGCGCAGUGAAUUUGGUCGACAAUGCAGCUUUUCCGAUCGGGCAGCAGAGAUCAGUGUGGACAUUCAGCCAGAUCCAGCGUUAGCAACAAAUUUUAUUGAAAAAGAUCCCAUUGAUACUGGAGUACAAUGUGCUGGUGACAUGUCAGAACAUGAGGUUAACACAGAAAGGUUUGAAAUGGAAACCCGAGGUAUUAAUCACUUGGAAGGUGGCUGGCCUAAAGAUGUCAACCCACUAGAAAUGGAACAGACCAUUCGUUUCCGGAAAAAAGUGGAAAAGGAUGAGAAUUAUAUUAAUGUCAUUACACAGCUUGGCACUUUGAUGGAUCACUGCAUCAAACAGAACAAUGCCAUCAAUAUCUACGAGGAAUAUUUUGAGGAGGAGGAGACAGCAGCAGUUACCGAUGAGGCACCAUCAGCAAAAACUGUUAAUCUUUUCAGGGACCCGAACCCAAUUAAAAGAACUGCCACUCACCUCUCUUGGCACCCUGACCGAAGCCGGAAGUUGGCUGUGGCUUAUUCCAACCUUGAGUUCCAACGGAGUUCAAAAGAUAUGUCCUAUGACUCAUAUAUAUGGGACCUUGAAGUCCCCAAUAAACCAGAUAUGGUUAUCCAGCCUGCUUCGCCUCUGGUUUGCUUAGAGUACAACCCCAAAGAUUCACAUAUCCUAAUUGGAGGAUGUUACAAUGGACAGCUUACUGGGACACACGGAAAGGAUCACUACCCGUGGAAUUAACUGCAGUUGAGCUUAGUCAUCGAGAUCCUGUGUAUAAUGCCAUCUGGCUGCAAUCAAAAACAGGAACCGAUUGCUUCUCAGGCUCCACUGACGGACAGGUUUUGUGGUGGGACAUUCGUAAACUAUCUGAGCCCACUGAGACACUUGUUAUGGAUAUCAGUAGAAAAGGCAUCCUAGAAAAUGCUUUAGGAGCCAUUGCAUUGGAGUUUGAGCCAACAAUGCCAACCAAAUUCAUGGUGGGAACAGAGCAAGGGAUUGUAAUUUCUUGUAACCGCAAGGCAAAGACACCUGCUGAAAAAAUUGUCUGCACGUUCAGUGGCCACCACGGCCCCAUCUAUUCUCUGUCAAGAAAUCCUUUCUACCCCAAGAACUUUUUGACCGUUGGGGAUUGGACAGCACGCAUUUGGUCAGAAGAGAGUAAAGAAUCAUGCAUCAUGUGGACUAAAUACCAUAUGGCUUAUCUCACAGAUGGGUGUUGGAGCACAACUCGACCAGCUGUCUUCUUCACUACUAAAAUGGAUGGGACCCUUGAUGUUUGGGACUUCCUUUUCAAACAAAAUGAUCCUACACUCAACUUGAAGGUUUGCGAUGAGCCUCUCUUCAGUCUGCGUUUGCAGGAUAAUGGGCGUUUUAUUGGCUGUGGAUCCAAGUUGGGCACUGUAACGCUUCUGGAAUUUUCUUCUGGCCUCUGUACUCUGCAAAGGAAUGAGAAGAACCUGGCCUCAGCAAUGUUUGAACGGGAGACAAAGCGAGAGAAGAUUCUGGAGGCACGCCACCGUGAAAUGCGUCUCAAGGAGAAAACCAAGCUGGAAGGCAAGGAUGAAGAGGUCAAAGAAGAUGUUGAGGAAGAAAAGCCACAGGAAGUUUUGAAACGAGUGCAUAAAGAGUUCUUUGAAGUAAUUGAAGGAGAACUCCGGCGCCGGGAGCGAGCUCAAGCCAAAUUAAAAAUAGAAAAGGAGCGGGAGUUUGAAGAUGAUGACAGUGAAAUAUUUUUUCCUAAGGUUGGUAUCCUUUUCCAUAUGUUGUGACAAAUCAGUCUUCUAAUAACUGAGAACCUUCCCUGGAGAUCACUCCAAAACCUCUGAAGGACAUUAUGUUGAAGCAGAUUAUAGAUUCUGUUCAUGCAGUUUCAAAUCUCCAGAAGAAUAGAAUAGAAUAGAAUAGAAUACUUUAUUGUCUUUUUAAAUGUACAGUAAUCAGCAAACCUUAAAAUGAAAUUUCAUUGCAUUCAGUUCUCAAACGAUAACCAUUAUGCAAAUACCCACAUACACAUACAUAUAUGACAAAGAGAAACAUCACAGUUUCGUUCGAAAGUAUACAUACCUGUUCUGUCCCCACUUCUUCGCUCGUUAACAGAUGACAGGCAGACAA